AUAUAUAAGAAUAUAAUAAAAACAAAACGAUUAAAUACAUAUAUCAAACAUUUGAUAAUUAGCAGAAAGAAGAAUAGGGAUUAAAGACAAACAAAAAACACUUUAAAUAAUAAAUAGUAUUUAAAAACUAUGUCAUCCAUCUUAGCAAGAUUUCCUCCACAUUUAAUAGCUUAAGUGCAACAUGAAGUUCACGAUUUAAAAGAAGAUUUUUUAAGUCUGAUCUACGAAAUCAACAAAAAUGAAAAACCUGUUUGGACAAUUUUAAAGGAAUUGAAAGAUUCUAUACCAGUAUUUAUAGAUUAAUAUAUAUACAAAGUGCUUUCUUAAAAAUAUGAUUCUAACAAAAUCAAAGAGCUGAAGAAAAAAAUGCCAAAAAAAUCAUUAAUGAACUGUCGUCAGCAUCUAAAUUAGUUGAUUAGUGCUAUUGAGCAAGAGAAUCUUGUUUAAGAAUAUUUGAAAAGCCUAGUCUUGAUAAUUAAUAACACUAAUUCUAGUGGAUAAGAAUUUUCCUAUUUGCGUCACUCUAAAAACUGGAGGAAUUCAAUUAAAAUGAAAUUGUUAGCCCUAAUGCUUCUGGUUUACUAGUUUUCUCUCGAAAAGCAAAAAAAUAUUUUCAAUAUUGUUGAUUUAUGGUAUAAAAUAUAUCCUGAGACACCUAUUUGGUAAUUGAAGGAUGAUCGCUACUUGACAAAAGAUAAUAACAAUAAGAAUAAAGAAGACUUAAGUAUAAUUUCUAACUAAUCUGAUGCUGGUAACAGUGGAAACUCCCUUCAACAUAAAGACUAUAAUAAGGGAGGUAAAAGUUCACUCAAGAAAGGCUGUAACAAGGAGGAUGAUUUGAUUUCUUAUGAGUUGGAACUUCUAGAAUAAGAGUUUAAUAGAAAUUUGCGCAUUUCUAAUACAGAUUAAGAGUAGAUUAAAAAAGGAAAAAGAGAAAACAAGCAGUGUAUUCACAAAGAUAUGUAUGAAAAUGACAGUUCAAGUGCAGGAGCAAAUCUAAUUUAUGAAGAUGAAGAAUCAACAACAUAAGAAGAAGAAUACGAAGAUGAUUCAUUAGAUAAUUAAUAAAUAAAAAGUGCUUCAAUUAAGGACCAGUAGAGUGCAAGAAAGAAAAAUAGAAGAAUUUAAACAAAUUUUGCAAAAUAGAGUAGAAAAUAUCGAAAUGAAGCCUUUUCACCUACAAGAUAAUUAAGUGAUUUGACUAACUAGUUUGAUAAAAUUCAUAUUGAAACUGAAUAAGUGUAAAGCUAAAACGCUGAUCUAAUUUACUAACCUAACAUAAAUAACACAGAUGAAUAAAUAAAUAGAUAAAUUAAUAUAUACCAUUAAUUUUCAUUAGAAAACAGCACAUAAUCUAAUGUCUAAAAUACUUUAGCACAUAUUUAAUCAUCACCAUUUCUACCCUUAAGUGAUACCACUAAUGUAGUUUCAUAAAUAAAAAAGCAUAAUUCAUUUAAUAGUAACUCCCCAUUAUCAUAAUAAUAAUUGAAUCCUAACUUAGGUUCUAAUUUAUUUGGUUCUCAUGCUCACAAUUUACAAAACGAAAACAGCUACUAGCCAAUUUAAUAAUAUUUAGAGACUUAAUAAAUAAAUUAGUAAAACCAUUUGCAAACUUAAAAAUAUCAACAAAAUACUUAGCCUAGUAAUAUCCCUAUUGUUCCUAUUUUAAGGAAUCCAUGCCAUUAAGUAUUUGAAAUUCCCUUGUAAGGAAAUAGUAAUAGUUUUAAUUUCUUCAUUUCAUCUUAAUGA